AUUUUUUAUGACGUGGACCAAGGCCUUGUAACAAAAACAAAAAUAUCGAUUUUUUCAGGAAAUGUGGUCAAAAGAUACUGAUAUUUGAUUAGUUAGCUGUUUGGUUAGUUACUGUCAGUACAUACAAGCUAUCCAGAACUUAAUUAAAAAUGAGUAAUACAGUAAACUAUGAUGAAAUGAAAACCAUUGUGGAAGAUCCAAAAGUUUUAAUUAUAGAUGUUAGAAGUCCACAAGAAGUACAAUCAACUGGAAAAAUUGGAAAUAGUAUUAAUAUACCAGUUGAUGAAGUUACUACAAUUUUGAAAGGCAAUAAAGAAUCCUUUGAAGAAAAAUUUGGCAGACCAGCACCAAAACCAGAAGACCCUAUAAUUUUUCAUUGUUUGAAAGGUGGUAGAGCAUUGAAAGCAUGGGAGGCUUCAACCUCUAUUGGAUUUACAAAUGCUAAGUAUUACCCAGGAAGUUAUACAGAAUGGUCAAGUAAAAAUUAAGAAGAAAAACCAAGAAGAAAUUUUAGAAUUAGAUUAUAUCCAAUUGUAACACUUUAAUACUGUGUUGUUUUUUAGAGAUCUGAUGAUACCUGUGAUUUAAUAGAGCACUUUUAACAAUUUUAAAAUUGGAUCCAAUCAAAUUUUAACAUUUUAUACUGUGUUGUUUUUAGAGAUCUGAAAAUACCGGUGAUUUAAUAAAGCUCAUUUUGACAACUUU